AUGCCUUUCCAGAUCGACGAGGUUGCUUGCUUUACGGCGGCAUUCCUCCGAACGGCAUUCUUCACCCACAGCCUGGAAGGAAGUCGAGAUGGAGUGUAUCGGGUGGUGGGAAGCUAUUACAUCACCUUUGCCGUUGUGGGGACGUAUCUGCCGGGACACGGAGCGGCAGCCGCCAUCGCUUGGUGGAGUGAGAGUGCUCUCGCGACAAAGAAGACGAAGGUCUCCCUCUCCCUGUUCGACGGCCUUGUGGACAGUGCGGAACAAUGCACCCUCGCCCAGUGCAAGAGAAGCGAAGGCGAAAGGGCGCGCACGGAACGGGGAGAAACGGUCAGUAGCUUGCACCACGGUCGCAGGAUGAGCUUAAGUGUACGUGGAUUGGAGCCCGUCAACAGACUUGAGCGUCGGAGUUGA